CAUAAAACCAUGGAAAUUCGAAUUACUGAGAUUUGAAACGGAUACGGUUAAGGCCCUUAAAGUCAAAUAGAGAAUCUUUAUAUGGAUAUGAUCAUUUGAUCCUCUUCCUCUAUAUAUACUCGUGUGAUCCAAAAGUCUUCCAGUUGUUCUUGUAGAGAGCUCAGUCUCAAUCUCACACUCAAUCAGACAUGGAGUCCAGUUUCAAAACCCAACCACUACUCCUCCUUCUCCUUCUUCUCUUCACCUUCUCUUCCAUUACUGAAUCAAACCAGUUUUGUAAUGCUGGGAUUGAGUAUGGUGAAUCGUCAUGUGGGGUUUCGUCUUCAUCGUCGAAGAUAUUGAUUAAAGGGGGAACUGUUGUGAAUGCUCAUAGAGAGGAGGUUGCUGAUGUUUAUGUGGAGGAUGGGAUCAUUGUUGCCGUGAAGCCUAAUAUCAAGGUUGGUGAUGAUGUUACCGUGCUUGAUGCCACUGGAAAAUUUGUCAUGCCAGGUGGAAUUGAUCCUCACACACACCUAGCUUUUGAGUUUAUGGGUACUGAGACAGUUGAUGACUUCUUCAGUGGUCAGGCUGCAGCCUUAGCUGGUGGAACAACAAUGCACAUUGACUUUGUUAUUCCAGUUAGUGGGAGUUUAACAGCAGGUUUUGAAGCCUACGAAAAGAAAGCAAAGAAAUCUUGCAUGGAUUAUGGUUUCCAUAUGGCAAUUACAAAAUGGGAUGAAGUUGUUUCAAAAGAAGUGGAAAUCAUGGUUAAGGAGAAAGGUAUAAAUUCUUUCAAGUUCUUCCUGGCCUACAAGGGGGCACUUAUGAUUAAUGAUGAGCUUCUAUUAGAAGGGUUUAAGAAGUGCAAGUCCCUUGGUGCUUUGGCUAUGGUCCAUGCAGAAAAUGGAGAUGCGGUAUAUGAAGGACAGAAAAGAAUGAUAGAACUUGGUAUUUUUGGUCCAGAGGGACAUGCUCUUUCGAGACCUUCAUUGCUGGAAGCAGAGGCAACUGCUCGAGCAAUUCGUUUGGCAGGUUUUGUGAAUACUCCUCUCUAUGUAGUUCAUGUAAUGAGCAUUGAUGCUAUGGAAGAAAUAGCUACAGCUCGGAGAAAAGGGCAGAGGGUUAUUGGAGAACCAGUAGUUUCUGGGUUAGCCCUUGAUGAAUCUGGGGUUUGGGAUCCUGACUUCGUCACUGCAGCAAAGUUUGUUAUGAGUCCCCCUAUUAGGGCAUCUGGACAUGAUAAGGCCCUUCAAGCUGCCCUUUCAACAGGAAUUCUGCAGCUUGUAGGAACCGAUCAUUGUUCCUUUAAUUCUACACAGAAAGCUCUAGGGAUUGAUGAUUUCCGAAAUAUUCCAAAUGGUGUUAAUGGUAUUGAGGAGAGAAUGCAUUUGGUAUGGGAUAUAAUGGUGGAGUCUGGCCAAAUUUCUGUCACUGAUUAUGUUCGGAUAACAAGCACAGAAUGUGCUAGAAUCUUCAAUAUAUAUCCAAGAAAAGGAGCGAUUCUUCCUGGAUCUGAUGCAGAUAUAAUCAUAUUCAACCCAAACUCAAGCUUUGAAAUAACUGCGAAGUCCCACCACUCUAGAUCAGAUACAAACGUUUAUGAGGGAAGGAGAGGAAAGGGAAAGGUUGAAGUGACAAUCGCUGGAGGAAGAAUUGUUUGGGAAAAUGAUGAGCUGAAGGUUGUUCCUGGUUCUGGAAAGUAUGUAGAAAUGCCACCUUUCGCUUAUCUAUUUAAUGGAAUUGACAAGGCAGAUGCUGAGUACCUAUCUUCACACCGAGUUCCAGUAAAGCGAUUUAAAUCCACAGAUUAAAUUGCACUUUCUAUCAUUUUUAUAGUCCUUUUACUUUCUUAUCACCUAGAGGGUAAAGAAUACAUGAUACUCAAGUAUAUAUGGCCUUGAGUUUGUAUAAAAGAAAAAUAAAUGAGAACAUGCCACUAGCAUCACCACACUGGGUGAAAUGUAUGUGAAUAUAUCUUUGAAUGUACAUUGAAUGGAACUCUAAUAUUACUAUAUGGCCUUGAGUUUGUAUAAAAGAAAAAUAAAUGAGAACAUGCCACUAGCAUCACCGCACUGGGUGAAAUGUAUGUGAAUAUAUCUUUGAAUGUACAUUGAAUGGAACUCUAAUAUUACUGUUUCUAAUUUUGUUA